AUGCUCUUCACCAAGGUCGCCAUCCUCGCUUCCGCCGGCCUCGUCGCCGCUGAGGCCGCCGCUGCCCCUGAGAUCACCGCCCCCGCCGUCCUCCGCCGCGACCUCCCCGACGACAUCAAGUCCUGGGUCGAGAGCAAGGCCAGCGGUGCCAACCCCGAGAACUGGAUCAAGAGCCACGCCUCCGAAGCCUACGAGUGGGCCUCCAGCAAGGGCGGCGAUGCCAAGACCUGGGCCGAACAGGCCACCGAAAUCAAGGAGAAGUACAGCACCGCUGUCAACGCCGCUGAGUCCAAGGUCGACGCUGCCAAGUCCAAGGCCAGUGACGCUCUCGACGAUGCCAAGGCCAGCGCUUCUGCUGCCGCGGACGGCGACAACGCUGCUGUCACCCUCGGUAGCCAGGCCGGUGUUGUCGCCAUGAUGGCUGCCCUCGGCGCCACUGCCUUCGGCUUCCUUCUUAUCUAA